GGCUCAUCAGGUUUUUGAUGCAGGGCGUUGGACAAAUUUCAUUGUGUGGGAUCAGUUUAUUUUGAAACGUGGAACAUUGGAUGACAGAUUUUUUUGUCACAUCUUUUAGAUAGCUAUUUAGUUGGACUUGAUUUUAAUUUUGUUGUGCAAGCAGAUACCUUUGUGAUUUCAUCUCUCAUGAACUGAAUUUUGCAGUUUCUAAAUUGCACAGCUUUUGUCAGGUGGACAGGAACUUUGAAGUGGAAAAAAGAAAAACAGUUCAUUUUUGUUCGCUUAUGCAAAGGAAAACCUCAAAGCAUCUUUUGUGUAUUGGAGUAUUCAUUGUAUAUUUAAUGUUAACAAGCAAGGGGAUGAAUGAAAAUAUCUGUAUUGUUAUUAACCAGGAAAUUCCAACACUUUAAAAAACACCAUAUUGCAUUUAAUUUCUAUUGUUAAUAUAUAAUACGUGACCAUAAACUGUGUGAUCCCGUAAUCAUCUUUCUUAAUCAUUCUUUACCGUGCCACACCUUUCUGUUGCAGCCUCCACUGUUCCUUUUCAUUCCUUCAGAUCUUCCUGUGGCUCUCCACUCUGUCCUACCACAAGUCCCAUUGCACCGUUUUUUUCUGUAAGCUCCACACCCUUCUUGGUCUCCUUGUCUCAUCCAUAAAUUCAUCUGCUAUCCUUCUACUCACUGCUCUAUAGAUAUCUGUGGCUCUUUGGCUGUUCUUUUGUACCCAAACAUACAUUUACCUUCACACUUUAGUGAGUUUUUCUCCACCUUUCACGCUGGCGGGCACCAUCCCAUCUAAAGGAGAGGAGGACUUUCUAACGCUUGCUGCCUCCCGGAUCAGUCGUCGCAAGCGUGUUAUAGGAGCGGCAGUAGGUGUGGCCAUGGUUCUGAUUCUCCUGGUCACCAUCCCUCUACUGGUUCACAACACUAAAGGAGGAGGAGCCGGCAAUGCGGGAAGCCAUUAUGAAAUGCUAGGAAGUUGUCGGAUGGUUUGUGACCCCUACACCACAUCUCAUGGCCAGGAGCUAACGGCUGUUUCACCCGCACCUGUUGAUUUUCCAAACCGGAAAGGGAAAUCUGGGUAUCGAGGACCUUCGGGAAUGCCAGGACCGCCUGGUCCACGAGGACCACCUGGAGAGCCUGGAAAGCCAGGGCCACAAGGGCCUCCUGGUCCUGGGCCUGGUGGUUAUGUGCCAUCAGUCUACAGCCCUAAGAUUGCAUUUUACGCAGGCCUGCGCAAGCAGCAUGAAGGCACUGAUGUGCUCAAGUUUGAUGAUGUGGUGACCAAUGUUGGCAACUACUAUGAGCCCAGCACUGGAAAAUUUACAUGCCCUCUACCUGGUAUCUACUUCUUCACAUACCAUGUCCUGAUGAGAGGAGGAGAUGGGACCAGUAUGUGGGCGGACCUCAAGAAGAAUGGACAGGUGAGGGCCAGCGCUAUCGCCCAGGACGCUGAUCAGAAUUAUGACUACGCCUCCAACAGUGUGAUCCUGCAUUUAGACGUAGGAGAUGAGGUCUGUGUGCAGCUGGACGGAGGGAAAGUCCACGGAGGAAACACCAACAAAUACAGCACGUUCUCUGGUUUCCUCAUCUAUGCUGACUGACAUGCUCACGAUGCUGCUCUACACCCUCAGAUGUACUGUGUAUGAACACACACACUCACACACACUCAAACAGCUACGUACACACACCAGGCUUGAAAGAAACGGACAUGGUUUAUACGGAGCAGAAGGGCUUGACAUACAUAACCGCAACCAGUUUCUUUCAUAAAGCAAGGGAAUUUCUGACACGCUGUUUGUAUGUGUGUAAAUUAUAACUAUACACUACUCCCAAUGCAUAUAAAUAUAUGUCUAUAUCUAUCCUGGACAGUGACACACUCAUAUUUUCAUGUGUACUUGUUAGUGUACUUGUCUCCAUUUUGUGUGUCAUUCAAAACCAGAGAUUCAAACUCACUAGUCGACAUGCUUUAAAUGGUGAACUGAGAUGCAUUUACACAUGGCUGGACCUGAAAGAAAAUUAGUGCGUAAAUGUCAUUUUCACUCACUAGACGGAGCCGCAGUGCACACACA